GGUGGCUUGGAUCCACAUCGAUCGUCAGAUGAUCUUGACUAUCCAUCGUCAUGUGAUCUCGCGCGUGCCAAGGUUCAGCGUGUCCCAUGAUAAUGCCAAAACUUGGCUUCUGCACGUCAGCAGCGUCCAGCAGGAGGACAGAGGUUAUUACAUGUGCCAAGUCAAUACCAAUCCGAUGAUUAGCCAAGUUGGAUAUCUGCAGGUCGUGGUGCCUCCGAAUAUCCUGGAUUCCGAGAGUACACAAUCCACGGUUGCCAUACGCGAGAAUCAGAAUAUCAGUCUCACUUGCAAAGCCGACGGAUUCCCAGCACCGAAGAUCAUGUGGCGUCGCGAGGAUGGACAAGCUAUCUCCGUAGAACGUCGCAAGAAAGUUAACGUAUACGACGGAGAGCAGCUCAAUCUGACCCGCAUCAGUCGAACGGAAAUGGGCGCCUAUCUCUGCAUCGCCACCAACGGUGUCCCACCAUCAGUCAGCAAACGCAUCAUCGUCGACGUCGAAUGUAAGUCUGAUAAAAAUCCUCACUUAUUACACCACAUUCUUAACACUCGCACUCACAACGCAUUCCAUCACACUCCAACCAUACAUAUU